GCUUCGGAGCUGCCGCUGAGGUCUCAUCCUCCCUGCGCCUGUAGGGUUUUUUUUUUGCUAGGGGACAGAUCGGCAGGAUUGAACCGCAGCACUUUUCUUUUUUAUUGUAUGUUGAGGGACCUCUAGAAUGAGAACUUCCAUUCCAGCUCCUUUGAUUUCUUUCAUUCUCACAUUUGAUCAUUUUCUUCAUUUUGACCAUCCGACCUCAUUGUUUCGCCCUCAUUUUUCUGCUGCUGUCAGCCCACAGUUUGUUGCUCACUGCCACCAGCACGAACUGAGAGGGAAAUAGCCUAUGUCACCAUUCCACCACCAGCCAUCACUGUCCCUUUCUCUCUGCUGCUCUGGAUGUUGGCGUGCAUUGCUGGACUAUAACGCAGAGGGAUUUAUUUUUGUCCAACAGCGGACACCACCACUUUAUUCUCUCUGAGGGAUGUAUUACAGCGGAUUGAAGUCUUGCACUCCGAACAGAGGAGAAUAAUAACGCGCUGUCAACUAGCCUAUUGUCGUGCGCCUUUGGUUUUUGGAGCAGGUCCUUCACUUGGAGAUGAUGGUCCGUGCGCAUUGCCAGUGGAUAUAAGGUGAAGAAUUUCCGAUCAGCACAUUGUGGAGCUGUUGUCGUCUGAUAAAUUUUUUUGGUGUGUGUGUGUGGACACACAGUUUUGGUCAUUUUGAGACGGAUUGUGCACGCAGACCGGAGGCGCGCAGGCUAACCAUGGGGGACUCGAUGUGGAGAUAUUAUUUUGGAGUUUUGUUUAUUGCCUUCAAAGUGGACUUGUGCCGGGCGCUCAUCCUGGAGUCCAUAUACUGGAACACAACAAACACCAAAUUCGUGCCAGGUCAAGGCGUGGUACUAUACCCCCAGAUUGGGGACAAGUUGGACAUUGUGUGCCCUCGCGUGGAUGGCGGGGUGGGAGAUGGCGUGGAGUAUUACAAGGUGUACAUGGUGCCCAGGGAGCAGCUGGAGAGCUGCACCAUCACCAAGGCUGACACACCGCUCCUCAACUGCGUCAAACCCGACCAGGACGUCAAGUUUACUCUGAAGUUUCAGGAGUUCAGCCCAAAUCUGUGGGGACUGGAGUUUUUCCGGGGGAAGGACUACUACAUAAUCUCUACGUCUAACGGCACUAUGGAGGGCCUCGACAACCAGGAGGGAGGAGUGUGCAAGACCAAGUCCAUGAAGAUAAUCAUGAAAGUGGGACAAAAUCCCUCUGAUCCUAGUUUACCCAAAGAGUACCCUACCAGAGUACCCUCCUCUCCUAAGCACCCAGACGGCAAGGACAGCUAUAACCCCAACGAGGUGUUGGAGAAACCAGGUGUGGCGCUCAGAGACGGCGACGAGAACAGCGGAAACGGCGGAAAGUCGUCCAGUGCCAUCGGCUCCGAGGUGGCCAUCUUCGUCGGCAUCGCCUCAGGCAGCGUCAUCUUCAUCAUCAUCAUCAUCAUGCUGGUCCUGCUGCUGCUCAAGUACCGGCGGCGGCACCGCAAGCACUCGCCACAGCAUGCCGCCACGCUGUCUCUAAGCACCCUGGCCACGCCCAAACGGGGCGGAGGCAGCGGAAACAAUAACGGCUCAGAGCCCAGCGACAUCAUCAUUCCGCUCAGGACUGCUGACAGCGUCUUCUGCCCGCACUACGAGAAGGUCAGUGGGGACUAUGGACACCCGGUCUACAUAGUUCAAGAGAUGCCGCCCCAGAGCCCAGCCAACAUCUAUUACAAAGUCUGAGGUGGAACAUUUAAAAGCAGGACCUGGAACAGUCCACGGGCAGAGCGGGCUUCUGGUUUUGGCGAAACGCCGCCAGCACACCCGUGAACUAACACUCUCGCUCUAUCUCUCGGUCUCUCUCACUCUGUUCACUCCUCUCCCUCUCCUCGGACAGUUUGUCACUAUUUUUUCCCCCUUUCUCAAAGUUUUGCUGACACUUUGUCGCUCUGGUUCAGUCACAGUUAGCGUGGACGGGACGAGCGGAGGGCUGGAGAGAAGGCUGCUGCUGCCGCCCGCUGCUCCUGCUGCUCUCUGGGGCUUUUGGGAAGUGGAAAAGGCAACAUCGUCUUUCCCCAGCUUCUCUCCCCGUUUCAUUUUGUGCACUGCAGACGGCAUCCUAGGGGGGGGAACUGAGUAUAAGUGGGAGGAGAAAGUUAGACAGACGCACAGCAUGUUUUUGUUGUUGUUGUUUUUUUAGUUGGGAGGGGGAAUGUUGGAGGGAAGUGACGUUUCUUGCGGGCAAAAGGAAAUAAAGGAAUGGGCUACACCUACAGAGAGACUACUCCUUGGAAAAAGAGAGGGAAAAGAGACAAAAAUGGAGAGAGUUAAAGGAGGAUAUGGGCUUACCAUGAACUCACAAAAUGGCUCCCCUCCCAUGAUACAUACUCACCAGAAAGACUCUGGAUGUACCAGCCAGAUGAGGAAGGAGGAAAGAGAUUCUCACUCUCUGGGACUUUUCCUGAGUGACUCAUGGAGAUCACCUGUUCGCCCUGCCACCCACAUGCUCACCAUCACACAGACACACACAUUCACCUACGUGCACAGACACACAGUCUCUCACAGUCGAUGUGAACUGUUUGGGUUACACUCGUUCUCCUCAUUCCCAGAAAUGUUUUCAAAUCACUUCUUUCAGAUGUUACUUGAAGGUUUCUUUCUUUUUUUUUUUCAAAUAUAUAUUCCCCUUUUUUUGUUUUUGGUCAUAUCUGGUUUUCAUAUCCUGUCUUAGUUGAAGUGCAGAUAGUUUUCCUUUCCUGUUGUGACAUCGUCAUGUUGGGUGUUCAAACACAAGCGGCCCAACAGCGGCUAGGAGUGGCAAGAGUGUGAGAACCAUAUCCCCGGAGUGCAAAAAAAAAAAAAAGAAAGAAAAAAAAAAGUCAGGUCUGCCCAGGUGGCUUUUGCAAAGAUUGGAGGACUUUCAUUUUACAUAGUGCAGCACUUUUAAACCCAAUUUUUUUCUUUAGUACCUCCAGCCUUUGCAGUGACCACGGUGAUGGCUAAAGAUGGGAGAGCAGCUGUAUCCCGUCAGAUUUAGUUGCGAGGGCUUGCCUCUAGAACCUGGGCUUUUCACACAGGAAAGCGUUAGGGACAAUAAGAAAUCCAAUUCGCCUUACUGUUUUUUUUUUUGUUUUUUUUUUACGCUUCAGGUGAAGAAGAGGCCCGAGAUCUAGUUGAGGUUAGCAUAGCUAGGUGAAAGAGCUCUAGGUACUGUAUCGUUUACCCUUAGGGGUGCAGUGGUGAUUAUGGGUGCCCUAAGGGCCCAACAUCAGCAUGACCGGUGCUCUGCUAUUCUUGUUUAAAAAAAAAAAAAAAAAGCACAGGGACAUCUACUUACAUUGUCACUGUUUCUCAAUAUCCAUUAGCAUUUCCAUACCUUUGAGUUUUUGAUUUACUUCUUUUGUUUUACUAAAUAGAUGUACAUUUAAUAAAAGUACAUUAAAAGAUGAAAAAAAAAUAAAAAAAAUAAAAAGCAGAAUUUAUUUAUGAUAGACACAUAGAGCACAUGUGUUGUCAGGCGGUAUGGAGAAGAAGUAAUGUUAAUAUAUUAUGGUAUAAGUGCACAUUAUGCAAUCUAGGUUUUUGAUUAUUUGAUAUCUCUCAACCCACGAGUCCCAUAUUUUAACGGACUCUUGUUCGCAGAUGCAGGACUCCGUCUUGAGGGGGGAGGACCAGGGGAGGCUGGCCCAGGCCUCGAUGCCUGCCCAGAGGGGAAUAGAGUUAUCUCACCCAAAAUAGCUUGCAUUGGUGUACUCAAAGACAGAGUAGCUGUGUCUCCCACACUCACUCAGUGUAGCAUCUCCCAAAGGAUAUUUACCAUGAACACCCAGUGCACCCAAUUAUCCCCAUUUUCUCUGUGCGUUUGUGUGUGUGUGUGGAUUUCAGUGACAUCACCUUCAUUAAUAUCUUUGGGUUAGGAUCCUAAUUGUGACAUAAGCCUUUCACAGAGCAUAUAUCAGCCCAUUGUUGACAUUGUCAUUUGUUCAUGAAGAACAUCAAAUUUCACCGAAAAGCCACGCCUUGUAUGAUCUGAGGUUUGUGCCUCUGAGAGGCUACAAAAUCUGCAAAUAUGCAAUUCUUAUUUAUUUUUUUAAUCAAUUCUGAGAAAAAAAAACACCUAUGGAAAGUGUUCUUAACCACUGAAAGAUGUAACAACAAACCAACGACACAAAACUAGCAAACGUAUGUCUCACAAGCCUGUUGUUAGCUUUCAUUUCCUGCAUUAUUUGCAGUAUUAUUUGAACCUUUUCCGUUUUGACUAUGUGCUGUAGUACAAAGGUAAACUGUGAAAAAUGAAAACAUUAAAAAAGCAUAUGGAACACACGUAAACAAGUAUUUAAGAAAAGGUGAAAAUAAAUCACACACAUACAACAGAGAAAUUGCUGUUUAGUUGCUGCCGUUCUGCGGCAGAAUAUGACAAUCUUAUUAGUUUCUUUGAAUCUGGCGUCCUUUUCUUAGCUGCUACUCGACUAACACUCUCCCAACAUUGAUCAGGUUAGCUCUGACUUGUUCUGAAAUGUUGUAGCUAUGCUGUGAGAGUCUUAGUUCAUGGGCUAGGAGAAGUACCUCAGUCUACUGUAAAAUGCCUUGCUCGUAUGGUCAGCCCUUGGUCACUUGACUCAGUAAUUUUGCACCGUACUUCUGUAGGUAACAAACUGUAAAUACAUUAAUGUUUGUAUUGUAUAUGGAUCCUGGGUUGUUACAAUAGCCUUAUUCACCUUUUUAGGAAAGUAAAUGGAAAAAAAAAAGUACAGAAAAAUGGAAUACACUUCAGUAAAACAGAGCAUACUACUUUUUUGGUAAAUAGCUUAUGUAAAUAGUGUCCAGAACCCAAUAAAAACAUUUUUUUAUAAACUCUUAAAGUAAGAUGUUUUGUAUAAAAUUUGAAUUUUUUGCUAUGUAUUUUAGCUAGCGCUCAAUGGAAAGCCCAUGUCCUCCCAACUCCUUCCCCUUUUGCACUGUUUCCAUGGUAAUUUGGUUUAAAAAAAAAAAGAGAAAAGUUGCCAAACCGACUGCUGCAUAUUUGUGCCAUAAGUGUGUACCAUAAAUAUUUAUUGAAUUAGUUUCUUUUUUUUUCCCCUUUUUUUGUUCUGUUAAUGAUGAUUUUCAGUCCAGUUUGUAAGUAACACAGUAUUAUAUUUGCAUUGUUCGUUUGUCUACCCCUGUUUAUUUUUUUCUUUUUCUUUUUUUUUCUUCAUGUCAUAGUUACCGAGUGGCUGCAGCCCUCCUCUCCCUUUUCCGUACAGUAUAAGAUGGCCAGGCUGUGAAAAACAGUUUUAACAUUCAAACAUUUAAAACAAUUCAACGUAAGGAUAAAUGACACACAUUCCACCAGUCUGUUACAAACUGAAAAUGUUUUUCAAUAAAAUGUUUUUCCUAUGGA